AUGACUAGACGAAAAAAGAAAGAUGAAAAAGAGCAACAAGAAGAUAAAGAUGAAAGUUAUUUAUCCAAGAAUAAUGCAAAUACUACCAUAGAGCAAGAAGUACAGUACCUGAAGAAGCUAUUAGAAACAAAGAAUGAAAUAAUUUUAGAUAAAAAGAGGUAUAUCAAUCAAUUAGUUAAUGAGAACAGACGUUUACAGGAGCAUUAUGAAUUGAUCAUUAGCAGUAUAGUGGAUAAAGAAACCAUAAUCACUUCUUUGGGGAAAAUAAAUGAAAGAGUUGAAAAAAUAGAAGCUACUACCUCAUACACCCGUUGUAAUGAUGUAAUUAAAUCAUAUAGUGGAGCUGUAAAAGAGUCAAAAAAAAGCAGAGAUGAGAAGAUUGUAGAUAAAAUUAAUAAUACACAAAAGUUGAUGAUAAAAAGUACGGACAAAUCAAACUCUAAUGUGUUGGAAGAUUUGAAGAAGAGUAUUGAUCCAGCUAAGUCAAAUAUCUGUGUGAACUCUGUGAGGAAGGUGAAUAAUGGCAUCAUUCUUAGCUGCGAAAAUGAAGCAUCAAUGUCCAAGCUGAUGGCGAGUAUACAGGGAGAACUCGGUGCGAACUUCACUGUCAAUGAGAUCAAGAAAUAUCGCCCACGCAUGGUGAUAAAUAAUGUAGAAUGCGCCUACACAAAAUCUGAGGGAUUAAUCGAGAAGAUCUUGUCCCAGAAUGAAUUUGGUAUUUUCAGUAGUGAUGAUAUAAAAACUGUAACCACUUUCAGAUGUUCCGAAUCUACUUUAAAUGUUGUCAUUGAGGUGCAGCUUCCAAAACAAAAAAUUGCUAUUGGUAUAUUCUAUCGGCCCCCACAUAGCUCUGUUACAGAAGCCGGUAAUACCUUUGAUAACAUGUUGCCUGCCAUAUUAGCUGAAUAUGAUGAUAUCAUCCUUGCAGGGGAUAUCAAUGUUAAUUUGCUUUUAGUUUGUAACAACUUGACUAAAUGCCUUGAUUCUUAUAAUCUGAAACAGGUGAUAUCUGAACCGACUAGAAUAACUGAAUCGACACUCACUCUCUUAGAUCCUAUUUAUUUGAGCAAGCCUGAAAGUUAUCUUAGGAGUGGCACUAUUAAUGCUGAUAUGAUUACUGAUCACUAUUUAACCUUCUGUGAUAUACGUAUUGCACUUCCUAAAAAUCAACAGAAAUUUGUUACAUUCAGGGAUUUCCAUAGUUUAAAUGAAAUAGCGUUUGAACAAGAUCUCAAGAGUUUUCCAUGGUGGCAUAUUAUAUCGAUAGAUGACAUUGAAGAUAAAAUUAACUUUUUAACAGAUAGUAUUUUAUGCUUAUUUAAUGUUCACUGUCCAAAAAGGUAG